UGUAAACGAAGCAUUAAAAUUUAAACCAAAAGAAGAAGCAAAGCCUCCUCUUCGUCCUCAUUCUUCUCCCAAAAAACGUCCACCAAUGUUUAAACAUGCAGCUUUACAACGUGUUCGUAUUUCUUUGCCAGAUGUUGAAAAAUUGUUUAAAGAACCGGAAAUGGAUUGUAAUCAAUUGAAGAAGGCUAUUUUGGAAUUGGAACAAAAAAUUUUGGCUUCAAACAAAAAAGAACAAAAAUUUACUCCUCCUUCUACUUCUUCUUUUACACAUCAACAAUCAACCUCAACUUCUUCAACUUCAUUUAAAGCAAAAAUUACAAUUAAGCGUCCUAUGGCUAAAAGAUAUGGAAAAAAUAUUGACCAAAUUUGUUCAACAAGUACAGGAAAUAGACGCUCAUCAAGUUCAAGCAGUAAUAAUAAUGGUGGUCUUAAAAAGUUGAGGAUGAAGAAGAAGAAGAAGAAUGUUGUGAAGAAGGCUAAAAAGGUUUCUUUUUUGAAAAAAUUUUUUUUGAAUAUUGUAAGGAGGGGAAUAAGGGUUCUUAACUUUUUUGGGUUUAGGGGGUCAACUGUUUUUCAUUUAUUUAUGGGGAAGAAUGAUUCUUCUUUUAUGUCUGACACUUCAUUUUUCCAUUCAUUUGGUGGUCGACGUUCAUCAACUCCUUUUCUUGGAAAAGAUGUUCAAUUAUUUAUUUGUUAGUUUAAAAUUUUUUUUUGUUUGGUGCUUGUUAGACUAAGUGGAGGGGGGGGAUUUUUACGGAUAUUUUUUUUCUGCGGACAAAUUUACGGAUUUCAUUUUUUGCGGUCUUAUUUUUGCACUCAUUUUUCGUGGAUUUUUUCUUUUAGGAUUUUUUGCGGAUUUCUCUUGCGGAUAUUUUUUUUUGGUGAAAAUUUUUUUGCACUCAUUUUUGCAGUCUUUUUUUUGGAUUUUUUUUUGCAGAUUUUUUUGCGGAUUAUAUUAUAUAAAAUAUAAUCUCUUUUUUGCGGACACAUUUUGCGGAUUUUUUGCUAACACUUUUACGGACUUUUCUUGCGAAAAAAUUUUGCGGAUUUUUUUCUUGCUGACAUUUUUUGCAGAAUUUUUUUGCGGACAUAUAUUUUUUACGGAUUUCUGAAAAUUUUUUUUGAGAUUUUUUUCUUGCGGACAUUUUUUGCGGACAAUUAUAUUUUUCUUGCGGACUUUUUUUUGAGUAAAAAUUUUUGCGGACUUUUUAAAAAAGCUACUACUUGUCAGCCCUUUUUUUAUUU